AUGGAUGCCAGUGAAAUGACUAACCUCGCCGCGCUGUGGGUUGUAUACUCGAACGCUGGAGUCGUCCUUGACGACAGUCCAUCCAGAACAAAUGAACCGAGCAAGAAGAAGAGGCCGAUUGAUUUUGAACCAUCAAGCACCGAGGUCGUUUGCGGAAACAUCUCGUGCGGUGGAUUUGAGUCAUUUGACGGGGCUUUGGAUGUGAAUUCUAACGCCCCACGGCUAUCCCACAAGAGCCACGAUAACUUCCUGCGGGUUGACGGAGAGGGCAGAGAUGGUUGCGCCGGCACGACAUAUUCGAUGGUGACUAGGUGCUACUUCUGCGACUUCUACAGAGGAGGCUGCAACUCAGGCUACCGCGGUUGCAAAAAGAAGGCAGGAGGUAUCGGCGAUUCGGAUCGAGAUAUACCAAUCGACUCAUCACUCUCCGAACUGCUCAUCCCGCAUUCAUGA